GCCCCCCCCCAUACACACACUCCCUCCCUCCCUCCCUUUCCCCCCCGCCCCCCCUCUCUUCCCCCCCCCUCCCCCCCGCGGGUUCUUCGCUGCGAAGAAAAUGGCGGCGGCGCCGAGCGGAGACGAGGAGAGAUUGGAAGAGAAGUCAGAGGAGAACUUACAGGGGCUGAAGGAGCGGCCCCCCAAGGCCAAGAAGGUGAAGAAGGAGCGGAAGGAGGAGAAGCAGCAUGAGCCGGCGCAGCCCUCCGCCGAGCCGGCCGAGGCGGGCAAAGCCGAGACCUCGGAGGGAGCCGGGGCGGCGCCGGCCGCGCCCGAGGCCUCGGCCUCCCCCAAGCAGCGGCGCUCCAUCAUCCGCGACCGCGGGCCCAUGUACGACGACCCCACGCUGCCCGAGGGCUGGACCCGCAAGCUGAAGCAGAGGAAAUCGGGCCGCUCGGCCGGCAAAUACGACGUCUACCUGAUCAACCCGCAGGGAAAAGCCUUCCGCUCCAAAGUGGAGCUGAUCGCCUACUUCGAAAAGGUAGGAGACACCUCCCUGGACCCCAACGACUUUGACUUCACGGUGACCGGCCGGGGCAGCCCGUCCCGGCGGGAGCAGCGGCCCCCCAAGAAGCCCAAGUCCCCGAAAGGGCCCGGGACGGGCCGAGGCCGCGGCCGGCCCAAAGGCAGCGGCUCGGCGAAGCCCAAGACGGCGGCCUCGGAGGGCGUGCAGGUGAAACGGGUCAUCGAGAAGAGCUCCGGGAAGCUGCUGGUGAAGAUGCCCUUCCAGCCGGGGCAGCCGGGGGCUCGGGCCGAGGGCGCCGCGGCCACCACCUCGGCCCAGGUGCUGGCCGUGAAGCGCCCCGGGCGGAAGCGGAAGUCGGAGCCGGACAGCCAGGCGGUGCCCAAGAAGCGGGGCCGCAAGCCGGGCGGCGGGGCGGGGGCGGGCGGCGGGGCGGGGGCCGCGCCGGAGGCCAAGAAGAAGGCGGUGAAGGAGCUGGCGGCGCCGGCCGUGCAGGAGACGGUGCUGCCCAUCAAGAAGCGCAAGACGCGCGAGGCGGCCGCGGCGCUGGAGGCCCGCGAGGCCGCCAAGCCGCCGCCGCCCGCCCCCGAGCGCAGCCCCAAGGGACCCAGGAGCGCCAAGAGCCCCGGGCGGCGGAGCAAGGAGGGCAGCCCCAAGGGGCGCGCGGCGGCGGCCGGCAAGAAGGAGCGGGCGUCCCCGCCGCCGGCGGCCCCCGAGCCCCCCGCCAGCCCCAAGGACAGCGCCAGCCCCCCGCCGCCCCAGGACUUAAGCGGCAAGGGCUGCUCGGAGGAGAAGGGGGGCCCGGCGGCCAGCGACGGCUGCGCCAAGGAGCCGCCUAAGACUCACCCGCCCCCUCCGCCGCCCGCCGCCUACAAACACCGAGGGGAGGCCGAGCACAAAGACACUGUGUCCUCCUCUUCCUCCUCCUCCUCCUCCUCCUCCUCCUCCUCUUCCUCCUCCUCCUCCUCCUCGUCGGCGGCGGCUCCCCCCCCUCCCAGCGCCUCCGUGCCCCGGCCCGCCGGCCGGGACGAGGCCGUCGACACCAGGACGCCUGUCCCCGAGCGGGUCAGCUGACUGUGAGCGCCCAGCGCGCGGGGCCAGGCGCGCGGACGGACGGACGGACGGACGGACGGACCCCCCUCCCUCCCUCCCUGCCCCCGCCCCCCCGCCACGCGCGCACGCAGGCAGCCGCACGCACACCCCCCCCCCCCCCCCGUGCACACGCCGCCCUCCCUCUCCCUCCCGCUCCAGGCAGCUCUCCGAGGGCCCCGGCUCCCCUCGUCGCCCCCCCUCCAAACACACCUCGUUUUUAUUACCGAAAAGCACAGCGAGGGGCCCCCCCCUCCUGCCCCCCCGCCCCGAAACGGGGCCCGAAACCACUUUGCACUUUCGUCUCUAGAAAGAGGGGGGGGGUCCCUCUCCUCCCCCCCCACCCCCCCGCUCCCCGCACGCUCGGCCGCGUCGUACUACUGUCCGGGGGGGCCCCCCCUUCCCGCGGCGGUCCGGGCGCGCGCCGGGGGGGGGACGCGGGCGCGCGCGGCCUCGGCUCGGCGCUUUACUCGUUCUUCCAGUUCCUUUCUUUUCUUUUCCCACGUUUUUAGCCUAGGGAACCAUUUGCACUAACCAAGCCGUGGACGGGGCGGGGGGCGAGGGGGGGGGGCGGGCGGGAGGGGGGGCCCCCGGGAUGUGCCUUUGCCCGCGCGGCGGCGGCCCCCCUCCCCGGCUUGGCUACGGCGCGCAGCGGGAUCCGGGCUCGGAGCGACGGGGGAUUGGGGCGGGAGCUGAGCGGAGGGACUCAGUCGAGCGGGAUCCAGUCUCGAGCCGAUUAGGAGUGAGUCCGGGGGGGGGGCGGAUCCGCUGUUGAUCCAAGUCCGAGUCGCUCCGGGUUGGGGCGGGAGCCGGUCUCGAGCCGAUCAGGAGCGACUCUUGAGCGGAGCGGGAUGCGGUCUUGAUCCAAUUGGGAGUGACUCUGGAUUGAGGCAGGAUCUGGUCUUGAGCCAAUCAGGAGUUCUCUCAACUGGGACAGGAUCCAGUCUCGAGCCAAUCCGGAGCAACUUUGGAUUGGGGUGGGAUCUGGUCUUGAGCCAAUCCAGAGUGGCUUUGGAUUGGGGCGGGAUCUGGUCUCAAGCCAAUCCAGAGCGGCUUUGGAUUGGGGCGGAAUCUGGUCUCGAGCCAAUCUGGAGCGACUUUGGAUUGGGGCGGGAUCUGGUCUUGAGCCAAUCCAGUGCGACUCUGGAUUGGGCCGGGAUCCGGUCUCCGUCCCAGCGGCCCCGGAGCAGGCGGGGAGAGCGGGAGGAGGAUCUGGCUGCGGUCCAAGGGGCAGCGAUCGUGGAUCGGGCCGGAUCCGGCCUCAGCCCAACCCGGAGUGACCCUGGGUUGAGACGGGAUCCGGCCGUGACCCAAUCGGGAGUGACUUUAGAUUGGAGGGGCGGGUCCGGUGUCCAUCCGGUGGGGAGUGACUCUGGAUUGGGGCAGGAUCCGGUCGGGAUCCAACCGGGAGUAACGGUGGGUUGGGCUGGGAUCUGGUCCCGCCCCAAUCCGGAGUGACUCGGGAUUGGACCGGGAUCCACUCUUGAGCCAAUCUGGAGCGACUCCAGGUUGCAGGGGGGAUCUGGUCUCCGUCCAAUGGGGAGCGACUGUGAUGCCCCCCCGCCCCCAAUUUGGGGGCUGUCCAAAAUCACGCGUGGGGGGUCGCGGCUGUUAAAGACCCCCCCCAAAUCAUUCGAAUCAUGAGUUUUUCCCCAUUUCCUCGGCCGAGCCGGGGUCGGGGGGGGGGCUCCCCCCGUCCUGCACUUUACCGGUCCCCGGGAGCGGCGGCGGGGCGGGGGGGGCCGUUUCGGGGGGGCCCCCGCCGGCCGCGGCCGCCCAGCAAUAGCCGCCCGGGAAGUAGCACUGGCGCGAGGUUCUUCCACGCCGCCGCGGGGGCCGGGGGGGCCCGCGCCCCCCGUCUUCCCCCCGCCAGCGACUGUUAGCGCUCGCCCCCCCCCAAACCUCGCCGCUUUGGGGGGUUCCCUGUUAUCCCCCCUCCUUCCCCCC